AAGGUUUCUUCCCCCACACCCACUUGGGAAGGUCGUUCUUCCCUCUUAUCUCAAUACAGUCUUCCUACAGCUCAGUGCAACUCAUUACAGUCUGAAUUAUGGAAUUGUAAGGCAUCGGAUGGUACAAAAUUACAGGCCUCCAGUGACAUUUUUUAUUUUCUAAGGAUCAGCUACAAAAAUAAUGCAGACGUUUCAACUGUGAUACCUCAGAAGGCAACUACAUAUUAUGAAAAACCUCCUCCUGGGCUUAUCAAGGAGGAUGAGACUAAGCCGGAAGACUGUAUCCCAGACGUGCCAGGCAAUGAGCAUGCCAGGGAAUUCCUGGCUCACGCGCCAACCAAAGGGCUUUGGAUGCCCCUGGGGAAGGAGGUCAAAGUUAUGCAGUGUUGGCGCUGUAAACGGUAUGGUCACCGAACGGGCGACAAAGAAUGCCCUUUCUUUAUCAAAGGCAACCAAAAGUUAGAACAGUUCAGAGUAGCACAUGAAGAUCCCAUGUAUGACAUCAUCCGAGAGAAUAAGAGACAUGAAAAGGAUAUAAGGAUACAGCAGUUAAAGCAAUUGCUGGAGGAUUCCACCUCAGAUGAUGAUAGCAGCAGCUCCAGCUCCUCGGAAUGUAAGGAGAGACACAAGAAAAGGAAGAAGAAAGAAAAGCAUAAGAAAAAGAAGAAAGAAAAGAAAAGGAAGAAGAAACGAAAGCAUAAGUCUUCCAAGUCAAGUGAGAGCUCAGACUCGGACUGACAGCCGCUCGGUGGCCUGC